UUGACACUGAAUGUGAGUGUGACAUUAGCAUCAUUGGUUUUAAAAAUGCCACCAAAGAAAAAGCAGGGAGUAGUAAUCGAUGGAGUGGACACGACCUCCAUGACUAGAGAGCAAAUCGAGGUAUUUGCUCUUAAUAUAAAGGAACAAAAUGAACGAGAACGAGAACAACGGAAUUUCUUCCAAUUGGAACGAGAUAAAAUACGUACAUUUUGGGAAAUUACAAGAAAUGAAUUGGAAGAGUCCAGGGCAAAACUGAGAAAUAAAGAUCGCCAAAUUGAGGAGGCGGCGGAAAAGAAUUACGAAGAGCUGCGAUUUUACAAGCAGAAAGUGAAGCAUCAUCAGUAUGAACAUCAGAAUGAUCUCACGCAAUGCAAGACUGAUGCUGUUACUUCCUUGAAAAAAGCAACCGACGAUCACGCGCAGCAAGAAUGGGAGAUUUUGAAAGAUAAGAGGGAUUUGAAAAUUUCAAAUAGACAGCAGGAGGUGGCAAGCCAAGAGCAGUUGAGAGCGUUUCAAAUUGAGCACAGCAGGCUAGUAGAUGAAGCGCGAAAGGAUUUUGAAAACAAAGCCAGAGAAACUGAAUUAAAAUACGAGAAGAAAUUUAAUUUGCUUAAACACGAAUUGGAUACCAAACACAAAAUGGAGAUGGCCGAAGUUGACGAGAGAAAAAAUAAGCAAAUAUCCGAAUUGAAGGACUACCACGAGAAAUCCUUCAUAGAAAUGAAGAACUACUACAACGAUAUUACGUUAAACAACUUGGCACUGAUAAGCAGCUUGAAGGAACAAAUGGAAGGGAUGCAAAAACAAAAUGAAAGGAUGACUAAACAGGUCGCAGACUUAACGAGCGAAAAUUCUAAGUUAGCAGGACCUUUAAGGGUAGCCUUAUCGGAUUUGGCGCAGUAUAAAAGAGAAAUGCAAAAUUACGAAAAGGAUAAGAUAUCUUUAGCGAACACGAAAGCGAAAUUAUUCGAGACCAAAAAGGAGUUGGACAAUUUAGUAUGGACGAACACUGCUCUUGAGCUACGUUUCGAAAAGCUGCAAGCGGAGCGUGACACACUGGAAAGCCGAUUUGUAAAGGCAAUUCUUGAAGUUCAGCAAAAAACUUCUUUAAAGAACGAAUUGCUACACAGGAGAGUGCAGACGCUACACCACGAGGCGGAAGUAAAGGAAGCGGCCAUAGGUUUGUUAAGCACAGCCGCCAAAGAGACGCCAAAAAUACAGUAUCAAAGCUUGGAGAAAUUGUUAGUCGACAAGAAUUCAAAAAUUAAAGAUUUGGAGUACGAGCUGGCGAUGGUAUGCAAAGCACACGAUGACAUGCUCGAAACGUACGAAGAGAAACUUAUCGAGUACGGAAUUCCAAAAAAAGAAUUAGGCUUCAAACCAAUGAGAUUUUUGCCUAAAGGUCAGAGUGGAUUGGCAAGGGGCCCCGCAGGACUUGUUACAAAGAAUAAUAGACGUCCGCAAUAAAUGUGUUCUUAUGUG